AAAACCGCACAAAGCUCUCCGAGAUACUGGAUGAUAAAAAAAAAAAAAAAAAAAAAAGAGCGCAGCUACUCUCCCAGCUAGCUUGUUAGCCUGCCGAUGCGGAGCUCCCGUCCUGCCCGACUCUGUCUGCUCGGGGUCUGGGCAAAGGGACGCGAACCGCUGGGCUCAAAGUCUGAUAUGCUUUACAGACAGUUAAACUAAUUAUUAAUAGGUGACACCGCUAUUGUAACCUGAACCAAUCCCUGCAUGUUACACCGACAAGUCCAAGCGGAGAGACGGGUACAGUCGGCUCUUCAUGCUGCGUUUACUUGUAGCUCUCUUAUAUUAGCGUGAACAGCUAACAGUGGAAAGCUGUAGUUGCUUGCAGAUGAACUCGACCCUUUUACCUUUGCCGUCCCGGGGACAGUCGUGGGUUGAAAUUACUAUGAGUGUGACAUUAUUCACCAAAGCUGCAUUUAUUUAUUUUACAUUUAUUACAAGCACAUCGACAUGAGGGUACACUCUGCUGUCUGGAAAGGAAAUUGCUCCAAUAUAUUUAUCAUUAGGAUUCGUAUCCUGUGUUAUUGGCUGACUGCCAGAUUCGCCAUUUUGUUCUGUGUUUUGAUGCGUCUCUGGAAGGAGGUGCUGAUUGGCAUUCAGUUUGUCCAAUUGGUCAACAAUAUGAAGCAUUAUGCUCCUCCCUUUGGUCGCUGAGAAUGUGGAGCUGCUGCAGGCACAUAAAUCAGGUUUCACAUCAGCUGUCACACUGUAUUCUUUAUUAAAAUCCCCAAAUCAACAAAGACACAGGUGUACAUGCUGCCACUUCAUUCUUCUAAGGAGUGUGUGUGUCACUCACAAUUAAAAUAUAGAUUUUCAAAUACAAUAGUGGGAGGGGGUGUACCAUUAGGUGUAUUACAUUUCAGUUGCAUAGAAAGGAUAUUUGUGGAUAGAUAGAGUACUUAAUUACAGUGUUUCUCUGCUAAUUUAACUUUGCCUAGUGCUUGAAAUGUGUUUAUAUAACUUUUAAUGAUUUCUCCUCUUUGCUUUUUUGCACAACUAUCACCGGGUUUGCAAAAAAGAGUUUCCUGCUCGCAAAAUAUAAUAUUUUUUACGUGGUGUCCACUCAUUCUGAGUGUGAAUAUAUGAGGGAUACACAACUUUUUGACUCUAUAUUCAGUAUGAACUCAUGUACAUUUAAAAAAUAAAGACAAGUGUAGGAAAAGCAGCUGUGGUCUCGGGAUGUGCAAGAGGUGGUCGAUUUAUAUGGAGGGACAGUAGUCGUCCACAGUGUCGCAGUGUCAUAUUGGACGCUGUGAGGUUCAGACCGUAGUGUAAUCUGGUUAUCAACGGUCUCUCAAAUCUCAUGUCCAGGUCACGCUCAGAGGUCAUGGAUUUGGCUUGUGCUGACAUCACUGCAGUCAUGCCAAGGCUGGAUUUGUCAGACAAAACGUUUACCUAAGGUGUCUGAACAGGAUGCAUAUUACAACCUCACUAAUGACCUCACAUCAUCAUGACGACCAACCUCAAUCUGCUCUCUCAGCAGAAAGUGGACUCUGAGCACGAGGCAGAGGUGUCAUCCUCUCCUUCAGACUCAGUGAUGAGUGAGUCUCCACAGCGCUUUCAGGUCAUCUCCGCUGAGCCUGCCACAACACCACAGCGAAUACAGAUUGUAACAGACCAGCAGACGGGUCAGAAGAUCCAGAUAGUGACAGCGAUGAAGCCAUCCAGUGCUCCUAAACAGCAGUUCAUUCUGACUACAGCAGACAGCUCAGGGGCAGGCAAGGUUAUCCUAGCCUCACCAGACAGCCACAACACUAAGCAGCUCAUCUUCACUGCUGCAGACAGCCUGAUGCCAGGAAGGAUACAGAUAGUCACAGAUCCGGUGUCAAUGGAACGGUUGUUAGGGCAGUCAGGGGACUUGAGCCGACCGCAGCCGGUGGAGUACUGUGUGGUGUGUGGGGACAAAGCUUCAGGGCGUCACUACGGAGCGGUCAGUUGUGAGGGAUGUAAAGGCUUUUUCAAGCGCAGCGUGAGGAAGAACCUGACUUACAGCUGCCGCAGUAAACAGGACUGCGUGAUCAACAAACACCACCGCAAUCGCUGCCAGUUCUGUCGGUUGAGGAAAUGCCUUAAAAUGGGGAUGAAGACUGAGUCUGUCCAGAGCGAGAGAAAGCCCAUUGAUGUAGUGCCCAGAGAGAAGCAUGCAAACUGUGCUGCCUCCACCCAAAAGAUCUACAUUCGCAAAGACCUAAACAGUCCACUCAUCGCCACGCCAACCUUUAUCUCCGAUACAGAGACAGACGGCUCCAGAUCCAGCCUGCUGGACCAGGGGAUGCUGGUUAAUAUCCAACAGCCGGUCAUCCAGAGUGAUGGAACUUUGCUGCUGGCCACUGACUCAAAGAUGGACUCUGGGCAAGGGGACUUAGGGACACUAGCCAACGUGGUGACAUCACUGGCCAACCUGAGUGACUCACUAAAAGAGAAUCUAAACAAUGGUGAUACCUCGGACAGCCAACAUGAAGAGCAAUCUGCCAGCGAGAUAACACGUGCCUUUGACACCCUGGCCAAGGUUUUCAACCCACCUGAAGUAGGGAUCGGACAGAGACUGGCAGAUAAGUUGCAGUGUGUUGGUGGGACAACCAUCCAGCUGAUUGGUCGAGACCAGGAGACCCCCAUCAUUGAGGUGGAAGGACCACUGCUCACAGACAGCCAUGUUGGCUUUAAGCUGACCAUGCCCAGCCCCAUGCCUGAGUAUCUAAAUGUACACUACAUCUGUGAGUCAGCAUCCAGACUUCUCUUUCUCUCCAUGCACUGGGCACGCUCCAUCCCUGCCUUCUCAGCUCUUGGUCAGGAGGCGAACACCAGUUUGGUGCGAGCCUGCUGGAAUGAGCUGUUUACUCUGGGUCUUGCUCAGUGCGCUCAUGUAAUGAACCUGUCAACCAUCCUCGCCGCCAUCAUCAACCACCUUCAAAGCAGCAUCCAGGACGACAAGCUAUCGGGGGAGAGGGUGAAGCAGGUGAUGGAGCAUAUUUGGAAGUUCCAGGAGUUCUGUAACAGCAUGACGAGGUUGGAGACUGACAGCUACGAAUAUGCCUACCUGAAGGCUAUAGUGUUGUUCAGCCCCGAUCACCCGGGUGUGGACGGCAGCGGGCAGAUUGAGAAGUUCCAGGAGAAAGCAUUAAUGGAGCUGCAGGACUACGUGCAGAAAACCUACCCAGAGGACACUUACAGGUUGACCCGUAUCCUGACUCGUCUCCCAGCCCUGCGCCUCAUGAACUCCAGCAUCACAGAGGAGCUCUUCUUCACUGGCUUGAUAGGUAACGUCUCUAUUGACAGCAUCAUUCCCUACAUACUCAAGAUGGAGACGGCUGAGUAUAACAGCCAGGACUCUGACCCUACAGAAUGACACCCCAUCACUCCAGCACCCAGAACUGUCGAAUUAAAGAUUAAUGAGUCUCCACUUCAGGUACUCUCUGUCUCUUGAGGUUUACUGUUGAACCCCAGUCCAAACUCCUGCAGCAACUCCCUGUUUUCUAAUGAUGCAUGGUGCAAAGUCAUUCAGGAAUCCUUGGUAGAUCGAGAUAAUUUAUCAUUGGAAAGCCAGGAUGAACAUUUGAAUGUUUUCUGGCUCUGAUGCAGUGUGGUAAUCUUGAGUUUCCGGCCUAAACUCAGUCACUUUGAACUGAAGGAAAAAUGAAUCCUCUGCAGCUGCAACAGUGCUCAUCUCCUUUAAUGUCUUUAUAGCACUUCAAGCUGAUGACAUGUGAACUUUACCUUCUGAGCGAAGCCUUUUAUAUAGUUUUAGCCUUACCAUGCUCUCAUGUUGGUCACAUAGCACUAGCAAUUGUUGCAGAUAUCAGAUGAGCUAUAUUAACAAGACCAGUCUGUAAUCUAAAAAUCACAAACUUACAUGUGGAAGUGGAAUUUCACCUAUUUAUUAAAAAGUCUAAUCUUAAGACUCUUAUACAUCUGAGUACUUACCUGAAAAGUGUACUUCGAAGCUGUAAAGUAAUGGUUUGUGUUGGCAUUUGGGAACAUUGGCACUGUGUAAUCUGGUAUUUUUAUUGACCUUUUAGAUCUGUUUAUUGAGAAUUCAGGCUUUUACAAAGUAUGACUUUUCUGAAUGUCAUAUAACAUGGAUUUAAAACGUGGUUUAUAAUAAUUUUUCUCUUUUUAACCUUUAAACUGACACAAUUGCCUAGAAGGUGCGAGACAUUAGCGUACAGUUCUUUACAUCAAAUAACUUCAAAUAAUUGUUGGAAUGGGAACUUCAAUCAGGUACAAGAACUAACUUAAACCUCAAUUAAUCCUUAAUGUGUAUUGAUAUGGACUGCCUAUCAUAGCAUUACCACACAGUGCAUUCUCUGAUCAUUAUAACAACCAACUUCUCUUGUUCACUUUUAACUCACAUUCACAAGGUCUUGUAAGCCAAAUUAGCCAUUUAAAUUGACAAUAUGUCUUUUCUUUUGUACUGAAUGACAUCUCAGAGAUUUUAGGGUUUGGGGUUUUUUUUAUGUUUAGGUACAGUUAUUUCUGGGUCAUCAUAAAUAUGUUGCUAAUAUAACCUGUGCAAUCACCUCAUCACUUUUCCCUUUAUGACAAUCAAUUAUAUGUUAUUUCUUUCUGUCACAUCAGUGUCAUUAUUGUUCUCAAUCUGCAUUUUGUAUGUGUAUUUAUCAAUGGCAUUUUGUUUUCUUUUAAGGAAUUAGAUUAAGAUUUUGGGUUCAUAAAUGUUACUUAUGUGUAGCUAUGCUACUGUUUUUGUACUUGUGUUUGCAUUUGUACUCUGCUAAGUGCACAUCAAUCAGCUUCUGUGGCGUUCCACUGUGUUCAUGCUGACUAAAACUUUGUGUUUUAUAUGUUUUCUAAAAACUUUAAUUUGUUGUGAACAAAUUUGCUUGUUGCAUACUAAGUGUACUUAAAGUACUUUUGGGCAGGUUUCCCUGAUUUAAAAAAAUAAACUAGACUUUCUGGGAAGCCAGUCUCAAGUGCAUUGAUGUCUUGAAGACCCUAUUGAGAUGUGCAUCGGCUUACCCACUUAUAUAACGGUUCAGAAUAAGCAUCCACAGCAACAUGAAUGGUAAUGGGGAUUUAAAGAAGUAAACAGAAUUAUGUCUUGUGAAUAAAUGUCAAUUGUAAUAUUUGGGUUUAAAACCCAUACAGACUGUUUGUAAAGGCACUGUCGUGAAAUGACCUUUGUACAUGUAAUUUCAUAAAAAUGAGUGCAUGUUGUUUUUAAGCUGGGUUUUAUAAUCUUGUCGCUGUCUGUUCUGAUAAGGAGCAUUGUUAUCAUUUUUAUAGUGCAUUGCAGUGCAUGAUGAAGUUGCUUAAGUGCAUUUUAUUAAAUGCUGUAUGAAAAAUGUUAAUUUAAAUGUUGUGGCUUUAAAAUAUUUACCAUGAGCAGCUCUCACAUUAGAGGAUAUUAAAUAAGAAAAGUUUUUUUUUUAUCUCAGCUUUGUGGAUUGAGUAUCCUAUGGUUCAAAUUUUAUACUAUGUAAAUGUAAUUUGUUUUUCUGCUCAUGUAAAAUGUAUUUCUUCAAACAUUGAGAUCGAGAAAUUCAAACAACAUUCAUGUUUUGCUCAAGUUUGUCACAACCCUACAUUUCUACCUCACACCGAUGACAAUAUAAAACAAAUGUAUUAACGACUGAGCUCCUGUAUCAGCAUUCCAGUCUCUGAGGCUGGCUUCUCUGAAGCCACACAUUAUAAAAGAAAUAAACAAUUAAUUAUGAAAUAUGACAUGACUGAGUCUGUUC